CUUCAAGAUUUUUCUGACAUUGUGCUAGGUGUUGGAUAUAAAAUUUUAAAAUAAGAGUUGUUAUCGAAGUUUUUUGGUUUUGAUGCUUGAUCGAAAGUGUUAAUAAAUCAGUUUAGAAAAUGAAUUUUGCGAAAUUUCUACAUUUUAAGCUGUGUUUGUUGAGUUUGAUCGCUUUGAGUUAUGCUCAGGCAUCCGUAGUUCACAUUGAAGCAAAUCCAGACGCAAAAAGAUUGUAUGAUGAUUUACUGAGUAAUUACAAUCGUUUGAUUCGGCCAGUUGUCAACAAUACGGAAACAUUGACGGUUUGGCUCGGGCUUAAACUAUCUCAGCUUAUAGAGGUUAGCUUGCGGAAUCAGGUUAUGACCACCAAUCUAUGGGUGAAGCAAAAAUGGUUCGACUACAAACUCAAAUGGGACCCAGAAGAGUAUGGCGGUGUGGAAAUGUUGUACGUCCCAUCGGAACAAAUCUGGUUACCGGAUAUUGUGCUGUACAACAAUUGGGAUGGUAACUACGAGGUGACGUUGAUGACCAAAGCUACGCUGAAAUACACUGGUGAAGUUUUUUGGGAACCUCCAGCCAUCUACAAAUCUUCAUGCGAGAUGAAUGUAGAAUAUUUUCCGUAUGAUGAACAAACAUGUCUGAUGAAAUUCGGUUCCUGGACAUACAACGGUGCUCAAGUUGAGUUGAGACACCUGGAUCAGGUCCCCGGAAGUAAUCUUGUGCAGAUUGGUAUUGAUUUGAGCGAAUUUUACCUGUCUGUAGAAUGGGACAUUCUAGAAGUUCCAGCGAGCCGCAACGAAGAGUAUUAUCCCUGCUGCCCUGAACCUUUCUCUGAUAUUACUUUCAAAUUAACCAUGAGACGUAAAACGCUCUUCUAUACGGUGAAUUUGAUCAUUCCAUGCGUUGGUAUUACGUUUUUAACGGUUCUAGUAUUUUAUCUACCCAGUGAUUCAGGCGAAAAGGUUACACUCUGUAUUUCAAUUCUUGUGUCGCUGACUGUGUUUUUCCUGCUGUUGGCCGAGAUCAUUCCACCGACAUCGUUGGCCGUACCGUUACUGGGGAAAUAUCUUCUGUUCACUAUGAUACUGGUAUCCCUUUCGGUUUGGACAACGGUUUGCGUUUUAAAUGUUUGGUACAGGAGCACAUCGACACAUAAAAUGUCGCCCAUAGUUCGGCGGCUGUUUUUGGAAAUUAUGCCGAAAAUAAUGAUGAUGCGUCGCGCGAAAUACGCUUUGCCCGAUUAUGACGAUUCCAUGGUUAGCAACGGCUAUACAAACGAAAUAGAAAUGAGCGUUAGCGAUUUUCCCGGCGAGUUCAAGGAAGGUGGUGACAGCUUCGAUAACAUUGGAAUGGGUCUUCCCCACGCUUCAGUGGAACCCGAUAACAUGAUACCGAAGCAAUUAUCGCCGGAGGUGCUCUCGGCUAUACAGGCCGUAAGAUUUAUUGCCCAGCACAUCAAGGAUGCUGAUAAGGAUAAUGAGAUUGUCGAAGAUUGGAAGUUCGUUUCGAUGGUGCUGGACAGGUUCUUCCUGUGGGUGUUCACCAUUUCCUGCAUCUUCGGUACCUUCGGCAUUAUCUUCCAGAGCCCGUCUCUCUAUGACACUCGCGCUCCCGUCGAUCAACAGCUAAGCGAAAUCCCACUGCGGAAAAAUAACUUCAUGCUGCCACCGGAUAUCGUUCGCAUCACGCUGGACUAAGGAUGGUUGUGAUGAAAACGAACUUGUUCCAAUUCAAUCAGUAUUAAAGAACAUUAGUCGGUUUUUAUGCAAUGUAAGUUUUAUAGCUAAACCCCAUAACUUCACGUAACUAAAAAUAUAGGUAU